CGCGACCAUUUCUCAUAGUUUAUCUAUCCAUCAAUGGCGUCUGCUGCUGCGCCUGCACCUUCUGCUCUCAGUCUCAGCUUGUCCUCGCUGCAGUUCCAGGACCUCCACCACCCUUCGGCGGCCCCGUUCUCGAUUUCCUUUAGGAAGUUUGCCAGAGAGAAUCCUGUCGUCUUCGCUUGCGCUAAAACUGUCUCGCUCAAUCCGUUUCCUCUCCGGUCAUCGGAGAAUGGCCGCUCGCCAAAAUCUCUUGUGGUCGCUGCUUUAGCAGCUGAGGCGGAGGUCGCGGAAGGAGAAGCCGAGCAGGAGGAAGGCGGCGGCGGCGGCGGCGGCGUCGCGGUUGCGGUUCCUCCGAAGCCUAAGAAAGGGAAGGCGGCGUUGCCUUUGAAGAGAGACAGGACUAGGUCUAAGCGGUUCUUGGAAAUACAAAAAUUGAGAGAAAACAAAAGGGAGUAUGAUGUAAAGACGGCGAUAUCAUUACUCCAGAAAACGGCAAGCACAAAGUUUGUUGAAUCAGUAGAAGCUCAUUUCCGCCUGAAUAUUGAUCCGAAGUAUAAUGAUCAACAGCUGAGAGCCACUGUAAAUCUGCCCAAGGGCACUGGUCAAACUGUUAAGGUUGCUGUUCUUACGCAAGGGGAAAAGUUCGAUGAGGCAAAAAAUGCAGGAGCUGAUAUAGUUGGGGGAGAGGACCUGAUAGAACAAAUUAAAGGAGGAUUUAUGGAUUUCGAUAAAUUAAUUGCAACUCCAGAUAUGAUGCCAAAGGUUGCGAGUCUUGGCAAAAUUUUAGGACCAAGAGGACUAAUGCCAAAUCCGAAAGGUGGUACGGUGACAACAAACUUACCACAGGCCAUUGGAGAAUUCAAGAAAGGAAAAGUCGAGUACCGUGCCGACAAAACUGGAAUCGUCCACUUACCUUUUGGGAAGGUCGAUUUCUCCGAGGAAGAUCUCAUCGCGAAUUUCCUCGCUGCAGUGAAAUCAGUGGAAACAAACAAGCCAUCGGGGGCGAAGGGAGUGUACUGGAAGAGCGCCCACAUAUGCACAUCGAUGGGGCCUUCCGUUCGGAUAAACAUCCGGGAAAUGCUUGAGUACAAGCUUCCGUGAUUCAUUCCCUUGUCCAUAUGAACCAUAACCUACCGGAAAUGAAAUCACGGCACGGGUGCAGAGUUUACGGCCCUUUUUGUUCAUCGUCUCCAUCGUUGGAUCGAAAGCUGAAGCUCCAGUGGAAGCCUGAAUAUGUGUUUGAUGAAAUAUACUGUUGUGAAUCUCUAACUGUUGUUUAUCCUGCAUAUUCUUGAGCCUCCUUUGUUGCCA